AUGUGGAAGUAUAUGGAAGUAGAAAGUAGAGAUACCACAUUAUUACCUGCAGGAACAACAGAAAAGGAAGAGAAUCAGGUUAUGUUGCUACAGGAGAAAGUUGAAAGUAUUCAAAAGCAACUGGAGGAAGAAAAGGAGGUUUAUGAACAAGCUAUGAAGAAAUAUGAAGAAGAAAUACUUCAACAGAAAGAACAACUCAUUCAAAAAGAAAACACAAUACCAAUACUACAAAACAAGUUAAAUGAAGAGAUACAAAAAUCCUCCAGUUUAAUGAAAGAGAAAGGAGUUAAUCAAAAAGAGAAAGAGGAACUACAAAUAACGAUUGAUGAUCUUCAACAAGAGUUAGACGAACUACAGCAAGUCAAAGAUCACAAGGAAGUAUCAGUUCAGUGUGACUACACUAUCACUCAGUUAG